AUGGAUGCCAGACCUUCUCGUCCCGCGCGUCCGUUGCACGCGACGACCAACGAGAAUUUCCCGCCCUCAAAACAGACCCUUCUGCAGCGACACAAGUCAACGGGUACCCUGCGGCCUGUACCGUCGGUUGGCGGCCUGCAGGUUGCAGCGAAGCGAAGCGCCUUCGCCGAUAGAAGCAACACUUCCAAGACGACCAUGGCCUUUGACAACGGGAAGAUGGCGGCUGCUAAACCCCAGGUCGCCAACGCGAAGGAGAAUGCUUCGUCCGUGUACGUCGCGCCCAAGGACGCGUUCUUGCGCCCCGCCCAGCGGCCGUCGUUCAAAGGGUCAUCGCAGCUCGCCCACGCCGCCAAGGCCAAUCAUGGCCACUCCAAGUCCCUCGUCAGUGCCCACGCCGAUUCGCGCCUUCCUCCCGCCGUGAUGAGCAAGCCCAACAAGCGGGCAAGCACCAUCGUAUACAAUGACAACACCAGUGACAACAGCAGCCGUCCUUCGACCUCUGGGUCGGGUUCAGGCGCGAUCAUCAGCGAGCACAUCGAAGCCGUGGCCGGCCAUGACUCUAGGUACCAGGAGUCUUCCACGGCUGCUGUCGCGCCUCUCUCACGCAAGCCUCGUCAUCACCAAAGCCAACCGGUUCUCAAGUCUUCACAACAGCAGCCCGCAUCUCUGCUGGACACCGACGUUAACCGCGUGGUGCCUUGGGAGGUCCUGCCUGUCAUCAAGAGCGACUCCAGCGUUUGCGAGGACGACGCACCUGAGGCACCAUACCUGGAUGCCGUCGAGGAGCUAUCCCCCGAGCGUUUCCUUGACUUCGAGCCGGCCCAACCAGAAUACGUGCCCCCGCACGAACGUCUCACCAACCCCAUAACUAAGACUGCUACCCGGGACGUCGAGCAAGAAGCGGAGCACCCAUCGGCACCGGCACCGGCUCCGGCUUCGGCAGGCCUGGAGCACCUGGAGCCUUUGGGACCUCUGGUGCCUCUGGAGCCCUCUGAUCACGAGGACGAGGAUCUGUACGACGAGCAAGGAUACACCACUGCUCAUUCGUACCGGGAUUGCGUAGACAUACCGAUCGCGCACGACCGUGAAGCCGUCGAGGCUGAGGCGGAGCCCGAGACGAGUUUGACCGUCACCAUCAUGGAGGGCCCCAAGUUCUCGAAGCAGAUCCUGGACGAGAUCCAACAGGCCCGUCACAUCGUUGAGAAGAACCGUACCGACGAAGAGAUCGAGGAGGAGGCGUGGGAUAUCAGCAUGGUUGCUGAGUACGGGGAUGAGAUCUUCGAGUAUAUGAAGGAGAUGGAGAUCACGCUCCUCCCCAGUGCUCACUACAUGGACAUCCAGACAGAGAUCCAAUGGUCGAUGCGUAGUGUCCUCAUGGACUGGGUGAUCCAAGUCCAUGGCCGUUUCAAUCUCCUUCCCGAGACCCUGUUUCUCGCAGUCAACUACAUUGACCGGUUCCUGUCAGUCAAGGUCGUCUCGCUGGGCAAGCUGCAGCUCGUCGGCGCCACUGCCAUCUUCUUAGCGGCCAAGUACGAAGAGAUUAACUGUCCCUCGGUACAGGAGAUCGUCUACAUGGUGGACUCUGGCUAUUCCGUCGAGGAGAUCCUCAAAGCCGAACGGUACAUGUUGAGCAUGCUCGACUUCAACCUUGGCUGGCCUGGCCCCAUGAGCUUCUUGAGACGCAUUAGCAAAGCCGAUGACUACGACCUGGAGACCCGGACUCUUGCCAAGUAUUUCCUCGAAGUGACCAUCAUGGACGAACGCUUCGUUGCCUCCCCGCCAAGCUUUGUCUCUGCGGGUGCUCACUGUCUCUCGCGUCUGAUCCUGGAAAAGGGUCACUGGACUCCCGAGCAUGUCCACUACUCUGGUUACACGUACGCCCAGCUGCAGCCCUUGGUCGCCAUGAUCCUCGAGUGCUGCACGAUCGCUGAGAAGCACCACCAGGCCGUCCUGGAGAAGUACGCCGACAAACGCUUCAAGAAGUGUGCCCUCUUCGUCAGGGGCCAAAUCAAGGGAGGAUUCCGCCUGGAGCCUGCGCAAGCACCUGCCCCAGCUCGGGAUGUGCGCUAUGAUGACUUCCCGUACUCGUGGUCCUCGGCCAACAUGGAGUCAUCGGCCCCGAGUCACCUGCUCAGGAUGCCAAUCCCUAUGCAGGGUUGA